UCAAAUCGCUACUCGCACACAAAGCACAUCUGCUUCGACUCUAUCGCUGCCGCCUCCCUCCCUCCGCAUCUUCUCUCCUCGUCGGCUCGUCGCAGCCCUCCCGCGUCUGAGCAGCGCGCGGGCAGCAAGGCCGGCCGGAUAGCUGAAUUCGCUGCUACUAGUCUCCGGAGACGCACCAAGAGGCCCCCCGCCCCCGUCGCAGCCGACUCCGCAAACCCCGGGUUCGCCGCAAAACCCAUCCAAUCAGCCGGGGGCGACGCCGUCCUGCGCCCGCCCCCCCGGGCAUGCCGAGGCUGAGCCUUGGAGAGGAGUAAAUCAGCAGGUCAAGCAACUAUCUCCUACAUGGUGGUUGUGGAGCUUAACACACUAUCAUACAUUUCUAUAUAGGUCAAACUACUGUCUUUGUACUCUCGGCUGAAGAAAUUGGUUGAUUAUUAGGAUGAAGUCUAAGACAAAUAGGAGCAUACAGAAGGCAGGGAAAGGAAAUCAUGUCCAAGGAGGAGGGCCAAGCUGGGUUCUUGUUGCAGGUGGAGUUUUGCUGAGCACACUAUCAGUCAGACUUGGGUGCAAACUAAAGCAAAUGUUCGAUACAAAGCAGCAAAGCAAUACUCCCAAAGCUAAAAGAAGGCCUGAAGCAUGUGAAUUGCACUCGAACCUCUACCGGUUUAGUGACCAAACUGGCUGCUAUUAUUGUAUUUCAGGGCUUGCAGAUGGUGGAGUGGAAGUCAAGCAAGCACCAGCAAGCCCUGUACCCAAACCAGUUGAACCCUCACUUCCACUUGUAAAGAUACCUGGGCCAGAAUCAAGUAAAGAGAACAGUGGUGUCAUGUGGAUAUCAUCACCUGAUCGACUUGAAGAUCCUCGAAGACCGUUUCAGUACUCAAACAGUUCUGGCUCUCCUUGUGUUUCAGAAUCAGGAUCUGACAUCUAUAGCAAAAGAGAGGUCAUACAGAAGCUCAGGCAGCAUCUCAAGAAACGUGACGAGAUGAUCAUGGAGAUGCAAGCUCAGAUUGUAGAUCUUAAGAACUCUCUUAACAUUCAGGUGACACAGGUCACCAAUCUGCAGUCUCAGCAGGAUGCUGCCAAUCGAGAUCUGUUUGAAUCCGAGCGAGAGAUUCAGCAUCUAAGGAAGAUCAUUGCAGAUCAUUGUGUUGCGGAUGCACUCUCUCACGAGAAACCUUUACAAGCUAGACAUUGGCAGUCAGAUGCGACCAAUGGGCAUUCCAAUGGCUAUGCUGAUGGCAGUGUUGAUGAUCCUGAGUUGCAUUGUCUUGGUAUCGAGAAGAGGAAGGGGGAGAUAGAGAGGGUGGAGAUGCUCAAGAAAGAGGUUGGUGAACUGAAGGAGGUUAUCGAAGGAAAGGACUUCGUGCUUCAGAGCUACAAGGAACAGAAGGUGGAGCUCUGCUUAAAGAUCAGGGAGUUGCAGGAAAAGCUCUCAGCACAAGUGCCAAACAUCUUUUAGGACCUAUGCAUAAUGUUUUCUUAGAAGAAUGAAUCUACACAUAAUGUUUUCUUAGAAGAAUGAACCUGCACAUCUUGUUGCUGCGAGUAGAAGGGGAAGUCCUGCUCCGAAGAUUGCAGGAAAAGCUCUUGGCAAUCGGCACACAUGCCAAACACCAUGUGAUCUUUGUGGAAUGCUUCUCUUUUCUUUUUAGAGGGGAACUUUUCAUAAUGUUAGGUUGAUUUCUUUCUUUUCUGUCAUAAUGUUAGGUCGAUUUGCUUUCUUCCUUUUCAGUAUGUGCCCUUAGUUGCUUGGGGUUUAAAAGGGAUUAUUUUCACAGUUGCUAGGCCUAGGGUAGUUCAAUUGAACUUAAUAGUCGACUUGCUGUACAGGUUCUCGGUUUUGAGACAAAAAAUCUGUAGUGUCUACUCUUUCACCGCAGUUUGGUUUGGAGUGGUGGUUUUUGAAAUGUAUGGUCGAUGAAAUUUCUACAAUGAACUCUGCUAGACCCAUGUAUGACGUUGCUCUUGUUUGUGAUUCCUUCUAAUUGAAAAGGGAGUUCAGUCGAAA